GGCUAUCCAUGACCCGGACACGCGCCCUCCCUCCUCUAAAACACUCCUCUCUCCCCCUCAUUAUCCUCUCUCCUCUCUACCCUUAUGCUUCUCACUGAGCUCUUCGUUGCCGAAAUGAAUUCACUCGCCGUGCGAUUCGCGAAGUUUCUGAGACUCUCUAAUUCUACUACGCCCGCUUCUUCUCUCGUGGUUAAUGUUCAAAGAAGCUCAAAGUCGUGUUACUCAACUGUGUCAUUCGAUAGUGACAAUGAAGAUCGAAAGAAAAAUGAUGUGGAAGAGGAUUUUGAUAACUUUCUUGGUGACAAGGCAGAGGAGCUACAACCCCAAGGUGUGGAUCCAAGAAGGGGUCCAGAUUUUCGUGGCGUCUACAAGUGCUUUUAUACAGGCAAUUAUAUGUGGAAAAGUUGGGCAAGCCCCUGUGCAGAAGAUCCUAAGAAAUGGCCGAUCGGUAACCAUCUUCACAGUUGGGACAGGGGGCAUGUUUGACCAAAGAAUUGUAGGAGCAAAAGACUUGCCAAAACCUGCUCAGUGGCAUCGAAUUGCUGUGCAUAAUGAUGCCCUUGGAGCUUAUGCAGUACAACAACUUGUUAAAAACUCUUCUGUUUAUGUUGAGGGUGACAUUGAAACGAGAGUUUACAACGACCGCAUCAAUGGUGAAGUUAAAAAUAUCCCAGAGAUAUGUGUUCGUCAAAAUGGGAAAAUUCGUCUCCUAAAGACCAGAGAAAGUCUCAGCAGUAUUUCUUUUGACGAUCUUUGAGAAGGAUUGUUUUAACCUAGCGUCAAAUGGCACUUUUGAAAAAAGCUUGCAGUUGAAGUCUCGAACUUGGUAAUAUCCUGUUAAGUUAGCCUGACCCUAACCAGACUCUGUUUAGGGAUGCCUUUUAUGCCUUUAUUUCCCUUGAGAAAAUAAAAGGUUUUUUUUUUUUGGGAGAAGGAAGGGGGGGGGGGGGGGGUGUUGGGGGUGUAAAUGUAUGAUUUAUGGAAAAAUACAAUUGAUGGAAUCUGCUUUGAACUCAUGAGAUUGAUGUUCACUAUAUCUCUUUUUUUUUUUAAAAAAAAGUAUGUUCA